AUACAGAGUAUGUUAAAAUGGAUGAAUGCGUCAGGGGAGGAUGGCCGCUGCUUUAAACAGCCUCAUAUGAGGACGGGUUGCAUAAGAAGGUAUUGAGAAGUGGACUUGGUUGACAGAUGCGGGUGUACACGAUGGUGUUUGUGUCUGUGGUGUUUAUGACAUGUGGUGGUCGUGUAGUGGAGUACCAAUUGCUGAGCAUGGACGCUCAGAUCCCUCUCUACUGUAUCUCGACUACUCUACAUGUCAUGUCCACUUGUCAGUGCGCCAUGAAGGCCAGCAUGGCGGGUGUGGCCACCUUUGGAAUCCAAGCCUCUAGUAACGUGGGCGGGCUGGUGAAGUGUGCCCUCGCUCACAGUAACUGCACGACAACUACACUUCUCAUCGCCAAUAACUCUGCCCACACAGUCUGGACAGCUCGGCUCCCAGACGAGACAGCCAGCAAUACAACCACCCCAGCAUCAACCACCAUUUUAGUAACUCCAGCAAUAACCACCACCAUUGGAAUGUCUGCUUCUACCACAGUCAUCACCAGUCCAGCUGCUGCUGUGAAUACAUCAACCACACUCCUUGCUAUUACCACCACGGCAUCGGGUACAACCGCUCUUUCAACAACGACCGCUGCUCCCACAUCCACUGCAGGCGGCACCUGUCAUCAAGUUAAUGAGGCUUGUACCACAGUGGGCGCCACCUUCAUUCACCCUACUGACUGUGCCAAGUACCUGGAAUGCUCAGUUACAUACGUACUGCUGGCGAGAGACUGUGGUGCUGGUACCCACUGGAAGCAGUCGCAGGGCAUCUGUGGCUUCAUCACUACGCCAGAAGAACAAUGCACAUGUUAAUAGUUGAAUUAGGUAACUCAACACCCCAGCAUCUGUCAAUACCCCAUCACCCUACCAACGUUCCAUUAGGAUUUUGAGCUUGGGUAAUGAUAAAGCCAUCAGAUAUUAGGUGGGCGAUUUUUAAAUUCCAAAAUCUGCCGAGAAAACGUUCAAUGUAUAAAUGUAUUGGAAUUUGACAAACGGGAUACUUGGAUUCACAUCUAAAAGCGUUUCCCAUAAGCCAUCUAGCCAAGGGAUAUACACCGAGUUACUUUAGUCUUUAACUAUGUUUAUGACUAAGGUAUUAUUGCUGGCGAGUCAGCAAAGCAUAGUGGUGGUCUUAAUAAUCCUCCCGCGGUUGAUAGACCUGUAGUCUAGCACCAAACUAAACAUCUAACUAAUCUAUAUCUAUGAGAGAAUGUUCGAGGUUGGGGACAAGGUAGCUACGGUUAACCUCACGUAACUUUCCAUGGUGAAUUGUGAUUGUAUGGCAAGUGUCAGUAGUUGGGGGUCGACCCCCAUGCCUGUCUUCAAGUAGGAUUGGUUCCUGUUGCGAUAACCAAUGAGUCCUAUGAAGUAUGAAAUGUGGGUUUGAUUGUCCAUAGAUUGUUUUCCAACUAAAUUCUCUGCAGUUAUCACUGGGAGAGAGAAUUGAAGAGAUAGAUAUUUAUGGCAGGUGGCUGCAGGAAAUGAAUCCCUCAAUGGCGAACAUUCCAAUUGUAAACUAUGUGAACUGGAGCUGGGACAUACUCUCUAACACUUAUAUCUGCGAUUGCCCUGUUAACAAUGAUUUCAAACCAAAUGGUAUGAGGAACUUUGAGCUGUGUAACUACAUCAUGCACUCACGAACACUGGAAGAUAUUCUUGUGCUCUACCAAGAGUUUGGUAGGACAGGCUAAUAGAUUAGACUCACAGUUCAUGUUCACUGCAGAUUCCAUGUAUGACUAAGCAUCUUGUGAGAUUGGGAUAUUAGAUCAGCUCAUAGCUAGUUUAUGAUCUACACUGUAAACCUUCGAAUAGAAUUGGGUUGCAGCACAUUACCGUGUAUACCCAAGAUUAUUAAUUCAAAAUUAGAUAGUGUAUACUAUUAUAGAUUGGGUUGCUUAAGUAUUGCAUGUGUGAUGAUUAAAGUGGGUUGCAUAUAUAUAUAUAUACUCUACUAGUGCACUGUAUAGUGUUCCUAAUGUUACUUGUUCAUUGUACUCAUUGAUGUAUGGGGAAACAGACGCGACAAUGGCGGGCGUGAUGCCGCCUAGUGGCCGGCGUUCAGGACCGGUGUCCACCUAGGCAUUGUCGUCUUUGGUUCCUUAAAUUAUGGGUUGUAAUGAUUUAAUUGUCACGUUUACUGUAUUUGAAUGUUUAGCACUUGUGUUAAUAUACAUUUAUAUAUAUGUACUAUUCACUUGUCAUGUACAGGUGGUAUUAAGUAUGGGUUCAGAGUAAGGGUUGUGAAAUGUAUUGGUGGUAGCCUCGCUGUGGAAGGUACCCCGUCCUGAUGCCUGCUGCUGCUGCUGCUGGAGUCGCAGUGCGACUCUCUAGGAGGGAGGAAGUGUGUAUUUCGGCUAAUUAUCAGUUAAGUAGUCUAAUUGAUUUUGAUUUUUUGCAUAGGUGUAUAUUUACCUGACAAUUGUGACUAUUCUGCGUAUGAUUAUAUUAUGGAGUGUAAAAGCUCCCUGUGGGAUCAGCUCUGAUCAAACUUUAAAAUUGUUUAUUCAUUUUUCCACCGGGGACGUAAUAAUAAAGUACUAGAUGUAAUUAUGUGUCGGUUUUGCAUAAUCUGAACGCAUGUGUUUUAAAGUUAUUGUAAAUAAUUAUAUUUCUUGUUUGGCCAGAGUAGACUGGUUAGUGUCCCUAAAGUGUGUUUACUUUACCCUCCGGAUAAGACAGUAGUAGGGAGGGCCAAUUUAAAAUAGGGAAGGGCUAAGGGACACAUGACAGUAACGAGCACUACUGGUUUGUCUUAACUUGUAUACACUGGAGCACCGUCAAAUUUGUUUAUUAAGCAGCCUCGACAGGUUAAGGGAAGACCCAGAGAAACUCUAGGUCAAACACUAUUGGUUAGGCAAAUAGGCAAAAAGUUAGGUAUUGGUUAGGAAAAAUUAUGGAGUGGCAAAGUGAUAAGGGACUGCUGUGACAGCCUAUUGUGGACACUGAUUCCUUUCUUGGGCACAGCAGUGCUUUAUAAUCGAAUACAUAUAUGGAUACAAUGUUUACUUUGUAACGUUCCUUUCUUUAUAAAGGUUUAACAUGGAUUGAUCUAUUGAUUACAGAAUACGCAUAUCUUGGCGU